AUGUAUUCGACAUGGCAGCAAUACGUAGUAACAUUUGAUGAUUUGGCUGGCAGUCCUCAGCUCAAGAUGCGCCAGUGGGUGCAUGUGGCUGCGCGAGUAUUUCCCGAGCUAGGCACCGUUUCGAAGGCGAAACGCGCGCGGAAAGCAGGAAAUUUAUUGUUCAACGGGCAACAGCGUGUCCCCACUCUUACGUGCGUCGCAGUAUACGACAUUUUGACCUACAAUUGUUUGCAAAAACAAAAUCAACUUAGCAAUAUUGACGAUGCGAGAUCUAAGUCAUGGCUGAAGAUUUGCGAGACACAAGGACUGCGUAUAGUGUACGAAUGCAGUACUUUCGCAGUAGUGGUUAAGCCCGUGGGUAUUCAUGUGAAAGGUCGGAGUAAGCGCACAGUUGAAGAAGCACUACCAAUGUUGUUACAUAGACCACCUACGGUUGAUUCCGGAGAUUCUGAACUACCUACACCUCAUAUAGUACAUCGUCUUGAUUAUCGAGUGGGCGGACUGUUGCUUGUGGCAAAGACUAGAAAGUUGGAAGUGAAAUUGUCAAGACAGCUGGAGCAGCAUUCGGUGACGAAGCAGUAUCGCGCUAUCUUAGUUGGCGAAAUUUCAGUCACUAGAGCCGACGAUACUUUCUCAAUCAAGUCAAUGGAAAUUCCCUACGCACUAAUGAAAAUGCAAAGUGAGCUGCUCUUCCUCGCUGAUCCAAUCGAUGGUAAGCCGUGUCUCACUGCGAUGCGAGUUGUGUACAAAACACGUAGUGCGCGGUAUGAAUGGGUUUCGACUGUGGAUCUGUGGCCGAUUACGGGGCGCAAGCACCAACUUCGUAUUCAUACAGCGCAGAUCGGUCAUCCAAUAAUUGGUGAUGACCUGUAUCACGAUGCUGCAAAUAGACAAGAAGCUGUGAGCUUUCGCACCAAAAAUUUUCAACCCCCUGUUGUGCGUGGCAAUGGGCUGUUUUUGUUUUCGAUCGGAAUAGCCUUUGAUGACGCUGUAGGUAAUCGACGUAAUUUUCACAUCAAAGAACCCAACAAAUUCGCACGUUUCCGACACUUUUGUCAUCUAAACUGGCAAAAACAGGAGAAGCGAUACGAAUUGAAGUCUAACUUAGAAAAAUGUUAG